AUGUCGUCCACCCUUAAUGCCUACGAUGAAUACCUCGCUGCCAUCGAAAGGGGCAAGCGUCUGUGCAAGGAACUGCAGAGUUUUGUCCAAGAACCCUUGACGUAUCCGACCAUGCAAUCGUUAUACGAUGUCGAGAUGAAUCCGCUUCGGAUCAACACAAAAAAAAUCAUCCAGAGGACCUUGGCCGGGUGCGGCUUAAGCACAUCCGAGAUGAUGUAUAUUGACGUUCGGAAUAUUGGCAAGGGGGAGUACGACGAUGCGGCGUAUGCGAAUCACUUCGACGGGAGGAGUGGUGUAGUUGUCUGUAGCGAGAAUUAUAAGGACCGAGAUGAGAAUGGUCUUGGUCAGCGACUAUGGCCGUCAGAAAUCCUCUGGCAGAGUUGGUUAGUGGCAGUAAAGAACCGGGAGUCAAAACCAUCGGAUCUCCACGCUGUUGUCCGAUUCCGGGUCGUUAACAACGCAACAAAAAGGCUAAUUUGGGAGUCUGCGAGGCGAUCGACCUGUACUAUAGAAGGCGAGAAUGGCCUCCGAGAAUAUACAAACUGGGAUCAAGGAUAUCAUGCAAUUCUUGGAAGCCCUAAUGGCGGCAGUACAAUGAGGAUGUUGUUAGACCAUAAAAGGGAGAUAGGGUACCGUACGGUAGAACGAGUAGUAGUAUUAGAUGAGGGGAACUUGGCCCUGGACAAACCACAGACUCGCUCAUUCUUAAUUCUUUUAUCACCACGCCGGACACCUCCGACUAGAAUCCCUCGACCAACUGCCUGCGGCGCUCACUUCAAAGUGCGAAAGACUAAGCCCUUGCAUGGCUGGCCGCCUUUGAAGGAUAAAGGGAAGAUUGGAUUGAAAUGA